UUAACACCCGCCAAAUCAAAAUUCCCCUUUCACCUUUCGGUGUGAAAAAAAAAAUUCCCAAAUAUUAAAAAGAAAAAAAAAGAAAAAGCGAAGGAAGUCAUUUCUCUACUAAUUAACGGCCACACCAAAUCCACCAGAUCUAAUCUAACCGUAGAGAGAGAGAGAGAGAGACAAAGACAGAGAAGACACAUAGUUUGAGCUUGCGGCUAUGGAGGAGAAGCUUAUACAGAGGCUGGAAUCGGCUGUGGCGCGCCUAGAGUCGCUAUCGCUGUCAGGCGGUGCGGCGGCGAGUGGCGACGACGGGCCGCUGGACCCGUCGAUUUUGGCCUAUGAGGAUCUGAUUCGGCAGUAUCUGGGUAGGGUUUCGGCCGCGGCCGAGAAGAUUGGGGGACUGGUCUUGGACGUCACCAAGGUUCUCCAGCAGGCUUUUGCUGUUCAGAAGGACCUGCUGAUUCAAGUGAAGCAAACAAAGAAACCUGACAAUGCAGGGUUGGCUGAAUUUCUGAAGCCUCUGAAUGAGGUUAUCACAAAGGCAAAUGCACUUACCGAAGGGAGGCGGUCUGAUUUUUUCAACCACUUGAAGAGUGCUGUUGACAGUCUCUCAGCUUUGGCUUGGAUUGCCUAUACAGGGAAAGAAUGUGGUAUGAGCAUGCCUAUUGCACAUGUCGAAGAAAGUUGGCAGAUGGCUGAAUUUUACAACAACAAGAUUCUUGUCGAGUAUAAAACCAAAGACCCAAAUCAUUUAGAGUGGGCCAAAGCUCUCAAGGAACUAUAUUUGCCUGGUUUAAGAGAUUAUGUUAAGAGUUUCUAUCCAUUGGGUCCAGUUUGGAGUUCAACUGGCAAAGCUGUCAGUGCUGCUCCAUCAAAACCAAAAGCUCCUGCACCAGGUGCCCCUGCUCCUCCACCUCCUCCAUCAGCAUCACUUUUCAGUUCCGAAACUUCUCAGGCUUCAUCAUCACGCCCUAAAGAAGGGAUGGCAGCUGUUUUCCAAGAGAUUAAUUCCGGCAAGCCUGUGACUACAGGUCUGAGAAAGGUAACAGAUGAUAUGAAGACAAAGAAUCGGGUCGACAGAACUGGCAUCGUUGGUACCCAGGAGAAAGAAAGUCGUACCAGUUCACCUUCUUUUUCUAAAGCAGGACCACCAAAGCUUGAGCUCCAAAUGGGUCGCAAGUGGGCUGUUGAGAAUCAGAUUGGAAAGAAAGAUUUGGUUAUUAGUGACUGUGAUUCGAAACAGUCUGUUUAUAUUUUUGGAUGCAAAGACUCUGUUGUGCAAAUUCAAGGGAAAGUAAACAACAUUACAAUUGACAAAUGCACGAAGAUGGGAAUCUUAUUUACGGAUGUUGUGGCUGCUUGUGAGAUCGUAAAUUGCAACCGUGUUGAGGUGCAAUGCCAGGGCUCGGCUCCUACAGUUUCAGUGGACAACACAGCUGGCUGCCAAUUUUACUUAAGCAAAGAUGCUCUGGGGGCAUCUGUAACUACUGCUAAGUCAAGUGAGGUCAAUAUAUUAGUACCUGCUUCUGGACCUGAUGGUGAUUGGGCAGAGCAUGCUUUGCCAGAACAGUUUAUUCAUGUGUUUAAGGAUGGUCGGUUUGAAACUACCCCCGUCUCUCACUCAGCAGGAGGGUAAUUUGGACUCUUUCGGUUGCUGAUUAAGUGCUUGCGUAUCUUUUAUUUUAAUCAUUUAUUUGGAUGGGUUGAGGGGUGGCUUCUUUCUAUUUUCUCCUUUAUUACUCUUGCUUUCAGUAUAUAAGGGUGACACAUUCACAGCCUUGCUGGUUAAGCUCUUAUCAGUCUCACUGGUUUUUUGUUGGCGUAUCAAACCAGGGGAUUCUUUUGCAUGUCUCGUAAACAACGAGUCUUUUGCAUGAUUUUUCGAAAGUUUGUUUCUAGAUGAGUGUUGUAGCGAAGUUUUUGCAUCUGCGAGUGAGCGGGAGUGAGCAUUUGUGCGCUUGUAAUGUCAAAAUUUGUUCUUGAUUAUAUGCUUGUAGUCAUCUUCUACAUUAUCUUGACAUAGAAGUGAUGUGUUAAAGAUGGAACAUUUUUUGGCUCGGAAUUUGUUAUUUUACUGAAGGGGGUUAAAUUUGUGGUUGGACUGUAAAAA